AUAAAUACAAAUUCUCUUUCUUGCUUUGUCCUAAAUAAAUCAUCAAAGCUCAAAACCCUUCAACACUCAUUUGCUCUGCUGCUCCAUGUUUUAGCACCACUCUGUGUGUGCUUCUCUUCCUCUGUUUUUCCCCCGUUUCCACUGAACAUAUUUUCUAUCUAUCUUAUCCAAACUCGGUUCUGUAUUGGAGAAAUGUAUGCAGAGACUGGUAUUCUCUUCCCAUAUUUGCACAACCUCUCUCAAGAGCUUCAUCAACUUGAGGAGUACUGCAAAACCCACAAGUCAAAUGCUUCAAUGGGUGACCUUGUUCAGUCUUCUGCCAUGUCAGAGUAUGAUUUGGCAGCAGAGGGAGAUCUGUUCAAAGCCCCUGAACCUAUUAUUGAAGAGCCAGUCAUGGAUCUGGAUCCCAUGACAGCAGCCAUUUCAAUGAUAUCUUGCGGGGAAGAUGUCUCAUCGCAGGGACUAAAGUCCACGGAUAUUGAUAUCCUUCAAAAUGAACAGCUUCUGAGUGAUAUUUUCUAUGAAUGCAAAAAGGAUCUCUUAGAAAAGGCAGCAAUAGAGUCACCAUUCUCUGAUAUUUUAGAUAUCAAGGUUCCUCCUAUUCUGAACAUUGAUGAGAACUCUUUUCAAGAAAACAAGCCACUUGACAUGCAAUUACCAAAGAGUGUCAGUUCAGGAAGUUUGAGCUCAAUGGACUGGAUGCAUGGAAUGAAGCCUGCUUUUGUUGAUAUCCCUGUAAUAGAUUUCAAUGCAGUUUAUGGCAUGCGAAGAUCAUUUAGUGAAGGAGAUAUAAAGACUCUGGGUAAUGGUAAUAUGAACAUUGUCCAAUCACCCCUUGAGAGGCCCUUUCAUAUAAGCAACUGCACCAGUGAGGAACGCCGACAAAAGCUCUCCAGGUACAGGAAUAAGAAGACAAAGAGAAAUUUUGGGAGGAAAAUCAAGUAUGCCUGCAGGAAGGCUCUUGCUGACAGUCAACCAAGAAUCCGCGGUCGAUUUGCAAAGACUGAAGAAUCUGAUAUCAAGAGGGAAUGACUUAUAUCUGAUUUAGUAGGAAGAAAGUAGAGUAAGUAGCUAUAUCUGAUCAAGCUAUAUGGGAGAUCUCGGCAGCAAUGUGUGAUUAGAUUUUAUGUGGGGUCUCCAUAUGUUGAACAGAUAUCUGCUAAAUAAACCAGAACUCAAACUUAUUAGGAUAGUUCAUCUCUUAUCUUCUGUAUUAACUGUCUCUUUAGAUGGAAAUAACCUUCCAAAUAUGUAUAUAGGUUUGUUUAAUAAAAGAAGGAAAAAGAGAAGGUUGAACUAUUUUCACACGCACACACACAUGAUCAAAUGAUGAGGCAAAUUAGUACUUUCAUUU